CUCCUCCACCUCCGCCCCGUCUCGCCUACCAACCAACGCAUCUCCUCCGCACCACCACCGACUGUUGCUCACAGCUCCGACUGCUGUCUCAUACCCUCAGCUUCUCUGUUACGCCUCUCCCGAACACACUCACAAUGGCCGAAGUCGCAGCCGCACCGAACGCGAACCAGCAGGUUCCGCUGGACACGAUUCCCAUCUCGCCUGUGGGCACCUCAAGCGAGAGCCAGGACAAAUCAUCGACCAGCAACAACACAGAAGACGGCGACGUCCGCACCGUCUUCCAUGAUCCCGAGAACUUCAACGUCAAGCACCCGCUUAUGAACGUAUGGACCCUAUGGUUCACCAAGCCCCCGAGCGGCAAGGGUGACAACUGGGCUGAGCUGCUGAAGGAGGUCAUCUCUUUCGAUUCUGUCGAGGAAUUCUGGGGCAUCUAUAACAACAUCACCCCCACCUCCGACCUCGCACUCAAGUCCGACUACCAUCUCUUCAAGAGGGGCGUACGACCCGAGUGGGAAGACUCACAGAACAAGCACGGCGGCAAGUGGGCCUUCCAGUUCAAAGACAAAAAGGCGAUCAACAUCGAUGCCCUGUGGCUCCACGUCAUGCUUGCAGCCAUUGGUGAGAAUCUCGAGGACGAGGAGGACAACGAGGUCAUGGGUGUCGUUGUCAACGUUAGGCGAGGCUUCUACCGUAUUGGCCUCUGGACUCGAUCAGUCGGCCGUGCUGUCCCCGGCGAGCAGGGCAAGGGCAGGACACAGGAGCAGGGCAAGGAGACCCUCCAGAAGAUCGGCAAGCGCUUCAAACAGGCCCUUCAGCUCAAGGACAAUGACGCUGUCGAGUUCUCGGGUCACACGGACGCCGCGCAUGCUGGUAGCACUCGCGCAAAAGCCAAGUUCACCGUCUAAAGAUGAGGCAGCGAGAUCACGUAGUCGACACAGUUCUCGUCGUUUGCGACAAUCUUCUGUCGUUCUCGGAUAUUACGGCGCUCUCCAUCAUCUGGACAGCGCUUUCCGUAAUUUACUCCCUGGUUGGACUAAAAGUAUUUCACUUACCGAAUCAUGAUCCAGGAUUGGAGUCUUUUCAGCAUGGCGUCUGCAUGGGCGGCGAUGGGUGAUAUUGGGUUCCUCACAUGAUUCAUAUGACCAUGACGGUUACGCCGCGUACGGGGGAGGGGACUCUGAGUUUGAUAGAAACUCUCUUAUCUGAUAUAUUUACGAAUGAGAGAGAAUAUGCAUCUGAUGAAAUUACGUUUCCAU